GUUACCUACCAGUAAUACAACAAAUAUGCUUUGGAGUAAUGCUGCUGACAAAAAUUUUUAUUUCCUCUCUGAUAUAUGAGAGUUUAGCAAGGUACGUUGUUGUGUUUAUUUUUUUAAAUGUUUAAUUUACCUCGCGUUUAGUCAUUUAGGCGAGACCAAAUCCAAAUUGUCUCUUCUAGUUUUUAAAUGAAAAUCGUGUGACUUAAUGAUAGUAGAAAUGCCUUGUGCUGGAUUUUUUAUUUUGUCCAGACUGGUACGUAUUUACACGUCCACUCUAGGUCAUCGCAGACACAGACACAUUGUUGUAAAAUUUAAUUCAAGUAGGCUGGAAAUGAAAGCUUUUUCAACAGGCUGUGUGAAAUGUAGCAAUGAUGACAGAGAUAACUCAAAAACAUCACUCCUGAACACCAAGAUGACAGCUAGACAAUCGCUGUUGUCCGGGAGGCGAUCCCUGUCUCCCCUAGAGAGGAUUAGUAGCCUGCUUCCACAAAAUGCAUUGAGCCCUGAGGUGACGCAGCUGAGAGAACAGAACCAACCACAUGAAGAGGAUACAUGUAUGCAAGAAGAACUGAACAACUCUGAAUCUUUGGCCACUCUGUCCAAGCAAGAACAAAAUACAGGUUUAGACACAAACGAUGCAGCAUCUUUGAAAGAAUAUAAUUCUGACACAAGCAAUGAUGUGGAUGCACAGUUCGACACAUCAAAGUCCCAGUUCAAUGGAACACAAUCGAUGUCACCUACUCGCUUGCGGAAGACUACACUUGCAUAUGGGGAGGUGCUAGUAGCCGAGUAUCAUAGGAAAAGACAUGUGGAGUUCAGGAAGAUGUUCCAGCUUCAGAUUGGAACACGUCUCCAGACCAGCUGGGGGAUUAUCCUGCAUGAUGAUGUAGCUGGGCAGCUGGCAGGUCACUUCCAGAAGACAAGCAGAGGGGUUCCCAUCUUCAUACGACGUGCCAGUUUGGAUGAUUAUGUGCUGUAUAUGAAGAGGGGCCCUGCUAUCUCCUACCCAAAGGACGCCAGCACAAUGCUGAUGAUGAUGGACGUCACAGAGGGAGACUAUGUACUGGAGUCAGGCUCUGGGUCUGGGGCCAUGUCUCUGUUUUUGUCUCGGGCAGUGGCCUCCAGGGGCAGCGUGCUGAGUGUUGACAUCAGAGAGGAUCACCUCAGAAGAGCAAUGCUAAACUACCAGCGUUGGAGGGCCUCAUGGAGAGCGCGUCAAGGGGAAGAGUGGCCUGACAAUGUAGAGUUUCAUAACGCUGACCUUCGUACGGCUUCAUCUCUUCUCGCCCGUCGGGCAUUCACUGCGGUUGCUCUUGAUCUGAUAAACCCACACCUUGUUUUGCCCACUGUGAUUCCACAUCUGCACCCCGGAGCUGUAUGUGCUGUCUACCUCGCAAAUAUAACACAGGUGAUUGACCUACUGGAAGGGCUUCGAUGCUCAGCGCUCCCUCUGCUGUGCGAACGCAUCUUCGAAGUUCCCACCCGGGACUGGCUUGUUGGCCCUGCCCUUCUUAAAGAUGGGGGUUAUUGCUCGAAGAAAGCAUUGAACCUCAAUGAAACCCCGAGAGAAGAGACCACUUCAGAUGGUCCAGAACAAGUUCCAGAGGAACAUCCAGCCUUUGGGAGUGUCCCAUACAUUGCCAGACCUCACCCAGCACAGUGGAGCCACACAGCAUUCCUGGUGAAGCUGAGGAAGUUUGUGAGAUAGCUGCUCAGCCUGAUGAAGAAAAGAUUGCAC